AUGGCGACGCGAUACGACUUUGGAGAGACGACAGUCUACAAAAUCGCUCGCAAGGCGAGCCAAAACGCGCGGCAGCGCGACGCGAACGCCAAGGCCAUGGGUACGCAGGACGAGGUAGACGCGCGGUUCGAUGCGAUCAAGGCGGAGAUUAGCCGGCUAGAAAGCCUGCAUGAGGACGAUCGGCUCUCGGACCCCGCGGACCGGGCCUGUCUGUGCGGCGUCGGCAUGGCACGGGCACUCGCGCAGCGACACCCUCUCAUCCACACGGUAGCGUUCGUCCUGUGCGGUUCGCCCUUCUCGCGCAGAGGCUCGCUGGGCUUCGUGGGUGGCUCCCAGAUAGCACCGCUGCUCGAGGCGCGCCGCUCGUUGGUAGAGCGGGCCGCCGCGCGGCGCGGUUGUUUCUCCGACGACGUUGUUGGCGACGUUGGCGAUGUGGUCCCCGCAACUGCUUUCGUGACGCAAUCGCAAUUUGCCCCAGGACGUGUUCAAUCCCUCAAAGACUACUACGACGGGUACGACCCGUCCGCGAAGCCCGGCGGAUCCCGUGCUUUUUCUGUUCGGGUUUCACUCUGCUACAGCACCGUUGGAACAGCCUCUCUGCCUCCGGCCUUGUACAAAGAGACGUCAUGCGUCCCCGGCCUCUUCGCGCUCGAGGGCGCCACACACUCAGGAAACAAUGUCCUCGUGCUCGCGUUGAAGGACGCGAACAAUAUCAAGCGAGUCGUCGAGGUGCAGGUCAGCAAGCGGUCCGCGGGCGACGUGUUCGGCAGCUACACGAAGGAAGCGCUGGACCCCUUCGUGCAGAUCAAUGCGGACAAUUACGAGGACUUGUUGUACACGACGAUAAAGUACAUCCCAUUUGUUAUGGGCAGAGUCAAAGGGUACACAAAAGCAUGGGGCGACCUCUUCCAGGUGUUCGAAGCGGCACUGGUGGACGCCUUCGGGACGCCCUUAGUUGAGCCGGUUGCAGCAGCGCUGGACACAGAUGACUUGAAGCCUGCGUACUGCCGUCAGGCGGAGCACCUAUGGUUUCCUAAAUGCACGCAAAAUUACAGCCUCCGCCGGCGGGCGAGUCCGGCGAUAGAGCUAGAUCUCAAUCCGAGGCGCCGCACGUGCAGAUGGAUGUCGAACAGCCAGUGCAACAGAGAUGGGCGGCCGGCGACGUCGUCGGCGCUCCUGCAGUAGUCACGCGAGUCAUGGCCUAUUGCGCGACGCUCGAAGACGUCUCGCGCCUGUCGCGCACGUGCCGCGGCGCCGCGCGCGCUCCGUGGCCGCCCGUCGCGCCCUGGAUCCGUGCCGCGUCGGCGAUUGCCGAGCCGCGGCGACGGCGACGGAGACGACGCGACGGGCCGGCGUUUGGCCGUCGCGUCGCGCACGCGCUCGUCGUGCGGAUCGCGCUCCCCGAGGCCGUGAGGGCGACGAUUGUUCGCGCGGUAGGCGACGCCGGCGCUAUGAAGCGCGUCGUCGAAGAGGCGUCGGCGCGGGCGGCGGGCGUCAUGGCGGUCAAGCUCGCGCCGGCGACGUGCCGCGCGCGGCGGACGGCGGCCAUCUGCGUCCGGGCGAUGGCGCACGCAGCCCUUGCGGGGGUCCUGGUCGCCGACGGACCGAUGAUCGCUCGCGAGGCCGCGGCGUCGGCGCUCACUUCUCUCCUGCGACGCGUCCGGUCGGGGCCGGAGCGCGCGCCGCGCGACGCGGUCCUCGCCGACCUUCGCGAGCGGGGGUUCGACGCGGAUUUGGCGCGACUCGCGAUGGGUGGCGAUAUUCGGGCGACGGCCGUCGUGCGGUCCGCGGCGCGGUUUCUGUCGCGGGCGCUCCUGUCGCGCGCGCGGCGGGACGCGGUCUGACUUCUCCUUUCCUAUUCCCUCCUUCUCUAAUCUAAUUUGUAGCAUAUCUCGCC